CAAGCUCCUGAUUGUUUUUCUCUUAUUUCUGUCUGGGCCAAGUAUCUCUCUAGUCGCUGGCGGAGUCUCUUCUCUUCAUCUGUCUCCUUGGCUUUUCCCUAUAGCCCUGUUGCAAGGCUCACUCCAUAUAGCAAUGGCUUUAACACUCCUGCCUUCUCUAAAACCUUCAGUAAAGCAAUAUUAACACCUGAAAGAACAGGUUGUAUGUCUAGGAGCUCCCCUCUCAGCCCCCAGUCAUCCAUAGACAGUGAGCUGAGCACCUCAGAACUGGAAGAUGAUUCCAUCUCGAUGGGAUAUAAACUGCAAGACCUCACUGAUGUCCAGAUCAUGGCCCGGCUGCAAGAAGAAAGUCUGAGGCAAGACUAUGCUUCUACUUCAGCAUCUGUUUCAAGAAAUAGCUCUAGUGUGUCUCUUCAUUCCAGCAAGAAAGGGACCAGCAGUGACCAGGAAUUUGAUCGCUACAGCCUUGAGGAUGAGGAAGAAGAAUUUGACCACCUGCCACCUCCACAGCCGCGGCUCACUCGAUGCUCCCCUUUUCAAAGGGGAAUUCCCCAUUCACAGACUUUCUCUAGUAUACGGGACUGCAGAAGGAGCCCGACAUCCCCAUAUUUUCCCUCAAAUAAUUAUCAGCAGCCACAGUGUUACUCUCCUCAGACUCCAAGUCCUCUUGAGCCACAACCAAACAGGAUGAAUGGAGACAAACUUCGAAGGAGCAUGCCCAACUUAACCCGGAUGCCAAGCACCCCCACUAUCAACACCAACAUCAACUCUGCAAUCACUGUGCGGAACAGCUUGAGCUUUGAUUCUAAUUUGCAUGGAGCUAGUAAUGGGAUAUCAAGAAUACAGUCUUGCAUUCCUGCUCCUGGACAACUUCAGCACCGAGUUCACAGUGUGGGACAGUUUCCAGUAUCUAUCAGGCAACCCCUCAAAGCCACAGCCUAUGUGAGUCCGACUGUCCAAGGGAGCAACAGCAACAGUAGCAGCAGCAGCAACAGCAGCAGUGGUGGCAGCAGCAGCAGCAGCAACAUUUCAAUGUCCAGCAACACCUUACAACUGCACUCUAGCACAGGCAUCCCCAUGCCAAACAAGACUGCAAACGCAGGCUUAGUAAGCCGCAGUGGUCUUCCGAGGCCAUCCUUGGCUAUAGGUGGGAGCAGCAUACCCAGGAGCAAAAUUGCACAGCCCGUCCGAAGUUUUCUCCAGCCGCCAAAGCCUCUUUCUUCGCUUAGUGCUCUACGGGAUGGCAACUGGAGGGAUGGUUGUUACUGAAGAUUGGUGGACCUCAGCUCCAAAGGUGGAAUAAAGCAGAUCCUCCUACCCAGCUGGCUGGGUAAACUAGAACUUUGGGAGGGUGGGUGGAUAACA